AUGUUCUGGAAUCAACUAGGUCACUCCGAGUCGAAAGGGGCUAAGAAGCGAGACAAGAGUGUGAGCAAUGGCAACAAACAGACCAGAGGCGUUGCCACUUCCUUUGGCUUUAGGCGACGUCCGGCUAGCACAUCAAGAGCUGAUGAUAACGCUAGAAAGAAGAAGUCACAUGAUAGAAAUGGGAAUGGAGGUUCUACAGAAGAGCUACGAGCCGAAGAAGUCCUGUCCGGUCGUUCGACGCCCCUCGCUCGGCCGCGGAAGGAGGCAGCGGGGCAACCACUCAGAACUAAUCGGUUCGGUUUCAGGCAACAGCACAACAAGACAGCUAAGGUUUCCGACAUGAGUGUGGCCGCGGAGCAGGCCUUCGCCCCACCAAAAGAUAAGGAAACCGCUAUUAAUAAUAAUACAUUAGAUAAGAAAAGUACAAAUCUAUCAUACAACAAUCCCCUUGUCUCCACUCAAGUUACUGGAAAUUGUGUGACUAACAUAGUUGGUGCAGCUGGGAUGCCUAAACCUGUCACAAAACAAACUGUCAUAUUGACUUACCAAGCACAACAGUAUCCACAAGAUGGCAGAAAACCUCCAAAAAUGGAACCACCAAGUAUCCGCAACGCACCCGCGGCGCGGCAGCCUGCCUUCGAAGCUCAGAAGCCUCCCGGAAAAUACACUUUCCAAACAAACCAACUACCACGGCCGCAGUUUCCCGCAGUGAAGACUAUAGAUGCCAAAACUACUAAACAGGUGGUAAAUACCAAUAGGAAGACACAUUCGGAUGGAUGGCGAGAAGGUGCAGGUUCGGCAGUAUCCAGUGACUCCGGUGUGUGGACAGGGUGUGAGGAAGGGGAUUUGUCUCCCCGAUCACGCCGCAGACCGCGCAACCUGGAGAUGGUGAUGCGAGGAUCGCAUAGCUUCCACCUCAGAGAGCUGCAAGUCGCCGAUUUGGAUAUUAUGGAUGACGCAGUUAUCACCGGGCACGCAGUAAUUCCCCUACCAAAACUACCCAGUUCCUUCACAGAAUCUCCAGAAGUAGAACCUGUCCCUUACAUCCCAUCCCCACCAUCCCCACCAGCCCCCAUACCCACUCCACUUAAAGAGACCCAGAGCUCUCCCAUGUCCACCCUAGAUAGAUAUAGAACAAGAACUAGGCCUUCCAGAAUCCAGAUGGACUCCAAGAAUGAGGAGAAGUUUGUUUUGGACAGGACACAGCCUGAAGUGUUAAACAAGCAGACAUCAUUCACAAAGCCAUCAAGCGGUGUGGCAUCACCAACAGUAGACUCUUCCAAAGAGUCAAGUCCAUCAUGCAAGAGCGAAGAGAGUCACUUCGGCAACAGCAGCGCAUGGCAGAGCCACGCAGCUGGUGAAGCUAUGGCUAAUAGAUCUCAAGACGACGUGUCCCUCGCUCUCAGCGUGUCGAGUUGUGAAGAUGAUAAGUCCAAAUUCGAGCUGAAGGAGCCGAAGCUCGAACCGGAGCCAGAGGUGCCAAAGAAGACAAUCGUCAUCAUGGAUGAGCCCCCGCACCCGUUACUCAUGAAGUCGCUCACGUUAAGCCAACACGAGGCACUGCGGACUUCUAUGAUGGGGUCAAUGACUAGUUCAAACUACAGUACAACAAGCACAUGCACAAACCAAAGCAACCACAACACGUUGACCCUCACCCUUGAAGAGGCCAAAUUCGAUAUGUCCGCCUUAGAAGCCUCAACUCAAAGCCUUAUUGAUGAUGAGACGUCACCGGCCGAUUCCCUCAUCUCCUCCACCAGCACCAGUGACUCGAAUAACGAUCUGCACUGUACAGAGGCGCCAUCUAUAUCCAGUGCCUAUCAAACGGCGAAUACAAAGACGAAAUCGGAACAAAUUGUGGAAGACGAUCUUGAUGGUGAAGUUUUGACUGCUGUUAAGGAAUUGAGUGAAGGUAGUUCGUCGGAUAGUAAGGACGAGACUCCCCCCUCCCCUGGAACUCCAACUCACGCGUCGGGGUCUCUAUCCCUGUCUGACGGCCGGGACUUCUUUGAUGAUGAGAUCGCUGACCAACCUGGUCUGCUUUUUAGAAAAAAUAAUUACGGCAGCCCAUCAGUUAAGAGAUCGGAUUCAGACGUUGGCAAAAGAAGAUCCAGAGAUCACAUAACAUCAAGUCCUCUCACACGAAGAAGUCCGAAAGUAAAUGGAAUCCGUAACCCCAACGAGCGCACAGCAUCCCUGGACACGCUUUCCAGCCUCGCAUCCGAUGAUCUAAUGAUGGAUAAUGAUCUUGCGCAAUCCAUCACGAGUCUUCAAAGUGUGGAUGAUUAUAUUGAGAGGUUGGACAGUUCUCUUCGUAGCGGUCUUAACUCCUUAGACGAGAAACAGCUGAGACAAGAGUUGUCAUCUUCCAAGACCGCAAUACGCCAGUGGAGCCAACUGCUGGAGAAAAAUAACAUCCUAGAUCGACAGUUGGCAGCCAUGGCCCAGGGGAAGUCCACUGAAUCGCUCGUUGGCAGCACAAGCAGUCUCACUAAUAUUGGGUAA